UGACAAAAAAAAUGUAAACAAUUUUCAAUUACAAAAAACCUGAGCAUAAACCUUAAAAUCUCGCUUCUGUUAUGAUGAAUUCUAAUCAGAAGAUGGAUUACGAAAAUAUAAAUGGUGUUACACUGUCAUUAAAAGUUGAUACUCCUAAUGGUGCAACUAAUUCCAGGCUAUUUACAAUUUCAUACAAAAGCAAACCUAACAAGUCGUCUUGGCCUAAAGCUUCGUUAUUUUUGGCUAUUUUAUUUAAUAUGAUUGCGAUAUUCUAUAUACGGAUAAGUUUAACUGCGAUUGUAGUGAUAAUAGUCGUGCUGUCGUUUUUAGUUUUCUUUUGGAUAACCCACAGUGUUCAGUCAGAGAUCCUGCUAGUCAUACCAACUGUGGGCAUACAGAGUUCCGUCAAGUAUGUGUAUGGGAGAGAAGACCAUUUUGUGCCGUGGUCGAGUGUCGACGAUGUCAUAAUAAAUGAAGUUAUUAAAAUGAACCGAGUCCUCUAUUUCUUAACCGUGUUGGUAAAAACGAGCAAUCAAGAAUCGGAAUCGUUGAAGCUAAUGCCACUAUUCAAGUAUACAAAACCAAGAUUAGCAAUGCUGGAGAUCAUAUAUUCAGAACUGCAAAGAUUGCUGACUGAAACGCACUGUCCAGAGCCAGAGAAAGCUGCCGGUGACAUGGGUUGAAGCAUUUGUUGACUACUUAAUGUUUUGGUGUGCACUAAAUGAAGAAUACUUCAAUCUCUUCUUUAUAUCUGUUUUUAGGACUGAUCUUAAGUUAUUUUUGAACACAAUUGUGGUUUUGAAUGUUCAAUUAAUAAAUGUUUAGAUAACUUUAAUAUUAGGAUGAUUAUUGUUUAAGUAAGUUUAAAAUUUACAUGUACUGUACAGGCAAGAAACUUAUAUGUAAUUUGAUUUAUAUUAUCUUGAAGAAGGCAAGAUGAAGUGAAAUUUUCAAAAUCAAAAAUUUCUUUAUUUGUAUAGAUAGACUAUUUAAAUAGUAGGAAAAAUCGAAAUCAAUUUUAAUCAAUUAAUCAAUCAAUUUUAAAAUAAAAGUGUUUGCUCCAGAUAAAAACAUGCUGGUUAAAUAGUUAUUGCCUUACAUAGCAAGUGGCAACCUUAUUAAUUUAAUAUUAAUCCUUCAAGCUCCGCGAAUCUAGACACAAUAAUAAUCAAUUGUUAUGACAUUAAUUAAUGCCGUCUGGGACUCAAUCGGUUAAUCUAUUUCAACAUUCCAUUCCAUUAUAAAAGUUCCUAGGUCAUUAAUAUUUUAAUUUAUCUCAUUUUUUGUGAAUUUGUCUAUUGUUCAAUUAAUUUUAAUGUAGAAAUUAAUGAUGCAUUUC